AUAAGUAUAAAUCCCUCUCCCUCCAGAAAUCCAUUAUCUUCCGUCCCUGAAAUCCGUUUUCCGCUGGUAGGUUGGUGAGAAUGGAAGAACCACCCAACAGAGGAGUUUCAGAGAAUGGGAUUGAGGAGAUAGAUUCGGAGGUGAGACCUAUUGAGAUGCUUUCCCAGAAGACGGACGGCAACACCAACGGUGAUGAUGGGGUCGGGGCUUCAGGACCCAUGAUUAAAAUCAACGUCUCUCAUAGCACUAAACAGCACCAGAUAACUCUUCCUGCUCAUUCUACUUUUGGGAAUCUGAAAGGGGUUCUUGCUCGAGAGACUGGUUUGGAGCCAAAGGAACAAAAGCUUUUGUUCAGGGGCAAAGAGAAAGAUGAUGAUGAGUUUUUGCACAUGGUAGGUGUGAAGGACAUGUCAAAGGUGGUCCUCAUGGAGGAUGCAGCCAGCAAGGAGAGGAAGCUUGAGGAGAUGAAGAGAGAUCAAGUGAUCUCUGGAGCUCUUAAUUCAGUUGCCCUAGUCAGAGCAGAGGUUGAUAAGCUCUCACAAAAGGCAUCUUCUUUGGAGGCAAUCAUGCAUGGUGGGACCAAGGUUGCUGAAAAGGAGUUUGCGGUGUUGACUGAAUUAUUCAUGGUGCAGUUGUUGAAUUUGGAUAGCAUUGACGCUGAAGGAGAAGCAAAAGUACAGAGACGGAGUGAGGUUCUUCGUGUGCAGAACUGUGUGGGGGCCCUUGACAAGCUAAAGGCGAGAAACUCCAAUCCAUUUAUCGGUACGACGACCGAAUGGGCAACAUUUGAUUCUGGAGUGGGAAGCCCAAAUGCUCUUCCAACAUUGUCAUCUUCUUGCAAAAUAACCCAUGACUGGGAACAGUUUGACUAGCCCAAUUCUCUCCGCCACUCGGGUUUGUACUCAUGCCAGGAAAAUACAUAUAGCAUAUGAACAUAUAAUAGAUAAUGCUGUUAUUUUCUUGAUAGCUCAGAUUUCUGCUUUAACUAAGGCUUCCAUGUUGAUAGAGAAGAAUUCUAUGAAACUAUGAGCAAUCAAAGCACAUUCUUUAGAAA